CAAAACUUCGUCCUAAAGACGUAUCUGCGCUCAAUUAUUUGAGGUUUUUAUAUAUAUUUUAGCUCUGUUAUGGAAAAAUACGUUCGUGUACCUGUAGUAGACGUUCAUAAAGACAAUAUUCAGCAAGUAUGGCCAGGUUUUCGUGAAGCUAUUCGUGGAGCCAGUUUCAUCGCACUAGACACUGAACUGAGUGGACUUGGCGAGAGGAAGAAACUGAUGGCAAAAUCGAUAGACGACCGCUAUAAAAACCUCAUAGAGGUAGCCAAGUCUAGAGCCAUUCUGACAGUUGGAAUAUCAUGUUUCAAAGAAAAUCCAAGCACCAUAGCAUCUGGACAUUCUGAAAGUACUAUGGCACAUGAUCAAAGUAAUACUCCAAGUUACCAUGACAAAAGCAGAUCCAGUGAUUCUGUGGUGGUAGAUUACAAAGUUCGGACAUUCAAUUUGAGUGUUCUUUGUAGUCAGGAAUUUGUUGUUGAGCCAGGCUCACUACAGUUUCUAAUUCAGCAUGGAUUUGAUUUUAAUAAACAGUUUUCAAAGGGAAUUUCUUACCAUAGAGGAAUUGAUAAGGAGCCACCGGACUUCACCAGCCUCACAAUGAGAAACAUUUUCUCCCACAUUCUAUUAGCGAACAAACCAGUUGUACUCCACAAUGGCCUGCUAGACUUAGUGUUCUUAUAUCAAAACUUCUACAAUGAUCUUCCUGAUAAGCUGGAUGUGUUCACUUCUGAUGUGUUUGAGAUGUUUCCUGCUGGGGUACUCGAUACAAAAUAUGUGGCAGAAUUUUGGUUACGAGAACCUGCUUCAUACUUGGGUUACAUCUUUAGAAAAUGUCAGCGUCAAAACACCAGCUGGAARGAAUCAUCACAAAAACAUAUAUCAGUAGAGUUCACUGACGUAGCGUCAUGUGACCCCUGGGUGGAAUAUUUGUGCUGUAACGCUAAGGCAACAGAAACAGAUGACAAUAUCCAAGUCUGUGAUAUAUAUGCUGCACAUGGUUUUUGUCAAAGAGGAGCCGAGUGCCAUCUGUCCCAUGAUAUUGACCACAUUCUGGACAAGGGGGAGAAAUCUCAAUCUUCCAAAAGAAAACGAAAGAACAGGAAAAGAAAAGCACCACCUACAGGUGAAGAAGUCAGUAACUCUAAAAGUAAAGAAAGUUCAGAACAGGAAGCGAACAGCAAUUUAACAGAGAAUUUUGAAAAUACAGUAAGUACAGGUACGAUAGAAAAUUCUCUUGGUAACGAGCCAUGUACUAGUUGCRAAAGUCCUAUUAAUCUUAAUAACAAUUCAAAUAAGAAUGCUGCAGCCRUUGGCAGUGGACAUAGAGCUGGCAUUGAUGCAUUUAUGACAGGUUAUUGUCUGGCGACAUACCUGGUCAAGCKUGGUGUCAAGGGCGUAGCUCAUUGUGGCUGGGGAAAUAAGAUUAGUUUAAGUGGUAAGGAGGUGCCACUGACAAUAUCACAAAGCCAUUUCUCUAAGCCGUCAAUAACUCAUUCUCAAAAAAUGAAACUAUUAAGACAAUAUGYUUGUGAAUAGUAAAUGAAUGAAACAUAAGGGGAAUUUUUUCCCCAGCUGAGCUUUGAAAAUAGUGUUUUUGUAGGCCUAGGGUAAUGUUUCCUGCUGCAUUAUAACUCGCAUAUAUGGCUCCGAGACUCGUACUGGCACGCCUCGAGUACUAACUUACACUAGUAGAGAAUAGGAAGACGUUCUUCCACCRUGAUCAUUAAUGUGUUGGUAUGAGAUGCGAUCUUUAAUCCUUAUGUGAGCAUUACAUAAUCAACUGAUUACUACACCCCAAAAUCCCAAUUUCCUAAACCUUCAACAUGCAUCAUGUCAGCCUCUUCAUGUGUAUUCAGACUUUUUWUGAAUACUGUAAAAUAAAAUCUGGUAACCCAAUUUUUUAUUUCUUUUAUGCCUAUUCUACACUAAGAAAAAUGGCGAAAGCUGUAGAACGCCUAACUUUGGGGUCAGUCCUCCUUUGU